AUGUAUAAUGUAUGUCCGCGUGUUUGCGUCUAUUGGGGCCAACCAUUGCUUUUCUCCUCUCUAAACACCGGGAUAACUGACCGGCGAGACCCACGUUGGGUGGGAGCAUGGUGGAUUGGCUUUGCCUUAAUGGCCGUGUUCAUAUUCAUAUUCGCGUUGCCAUUAUUUAUGUUCCCCGCUAAGUUGAAACGACCAGGCACAACUAGCCCCGAUAAAAACGAUCGAGAACUUGUUGAAAAAACACAAUUAAUGUUAGACAAAAAGCGCAAAAUAAACGAAAAUUUAAGUCUGUCGUUCCGUUUGUGGCGUUUGGCGAAAGACCCGAUAUUUGUGUGCUUUGUUUUGGGCACAACUCUGCGACUGUUCGGAGUGUUAGGGUAUAUGACAUUCAAACCCAAAUACAUGGAAUCCCAGUAUAAAAAGUCUGCCUCCACUGCCAAUCUAUUCUCUGGCAUAAUCCCGGCGGCCAUAGGUUUAAUACUGGGCGGCGCGUACAUUAAGUACUUACAGCCGGGUCCUAAAUUGUUGACCUCGUUCAUAACUGUCAUUGAAUUGUUGGGCCUAAUCGGCUUCAUAUCGGCCCUAUUCCUGGGCUGUCCGCUCACACCCUUCGCCGCACUUCCCGUUAAUAAUGCGAAUGUCGAUGUGCAAACACUGUGCAACCAAGAUUGUGCAUGCUCAUCAAACGUAUUUAAGCCCAUAUGCGGACCGGAUAAUUAUACCAAUUAUUUUUCACCCUGUUUUGCCGGUUGUAAACCCGACUCGUCGAUCAUAAACUCAAUUAAUAACAAAAAACAAUACUCGUCGUGUGAGUGUAUGGGCGGUGAAGGUGUGGCCACAGAAGGCUAUUGUCCCACAAAUUGUGGCAAUAAUUUUGAGAUAUACGUGACUAUUUUUGGAGUUGUUGGCACUUUGGCCCGCUCUGGCAAUGGUAUCUUAUCGUAUAGAAUUGUGGACGAAUACGACAAAAGUCUGGCCUCAGGAAUACCCAAUUAUAUAAUCACAGCAUUCAUCCCAUACCCUCUGGUCUACGGCGCCGUCACAAACACUGCGUGUGAGGUCUGGGAGUCAAAGUGCGGUCAAACCGGUAAUUGUCUGGUCUAUGAUUCGGACAAAUUCCGGAACCGACUCCACGGCCUGACAAUAAUCCUCUAUCUCUUGGGAUCCGUUUUCGAUGUAAUCAUUAUAUUCUUGUCGUCGAGAAUCAAGAAUCUGUACGACGACGAGGAAGAGGAUAAUGACGACAAUAAUGUUGAUAAUGAUCUCAAUUUAGAUGAAAUUGAGUUUAGGCAAUAA